GUUAUCCAAUCAGGGACGUUGGGCUGGGAACUGUCCAAUCAGGCACACAGCUGGAGCGGACAGGGCGGCUUCCGGGAUAUGGCGGGGCCUUUGUCUCUGGCUGCCGCUGGAGCUGCAGGUCUGUCUUCACUGAUCUGUAUCCUCUGCUCCUAGAGGCCCCGCGUUUGUGGCGCUGUUACCAGUAGGUAUUGGAAUUCCACAGCUAAGAUGCCGGGACCCCCUAGAGGCCUAGAAAUGGGACUGUUGACAUUUAGGGAUGUGGCCAUAGAAUUCUCUCUGGAGGAGUGGCAACACCUAGACAUUGCACAGCGGAAUUUAUAUAGGAAUGUGAUGUUAGAGAACUACAGAAACCUGGCCUUCCUGGGUAUUGCCGUCUCUAAGCCAGACCUGAUCACCUGUCUGGAGCAAGGAAAAGAGCCCUGGAAUAUGACGCGACAUGAGAUGGUGGAUGAGUCCCCAGGUAUCUGUCCUCUUUUUGCUCAAGACCUUUGGCCAGAGCAGGGCAUGGAUGAUUCUUUUCAAAAAGUAAUACCGAGAAGAUAUGAAAAAUAUGGACCUGAGAAUUUACAGUUAAGAAAAGGCUAUAAAAGUGUGGAUGAGUGUAAGGUGAACAAAGAAGGUUAUAAUGGACAUAACCAGUGUUUCACAACUGCCCAGAGCAAAGUAUUUCAAAGUGAAAAAUAUUUGAAAGUCUUAUUUAAAUUUUUAAAUUCAAACAGACAUAAGAUAAGACAUACUGAAAAGAAAUCUUCUAAAGGUAAAAAAUGUGUCAAACCAUUUUGCAUGCUUUCACAUAAAACCCAACACAAAAGCAUUUAUCAUAGAGAGAUGUCCUACAAAUGUAAAGAAUGUGGAAAAACCUUUAAUUGGUCCUCAACCCUUACUAAUCAUAGGAAAAUUUAUACUGAAGAGAAACCCUACAAAUGUGAAGAGUAUGGCAAAGCUUCUAAGCAACUCUCAACCCUUACUACACAUGAAAUAAUUCAUUCUGGAGAGAAACUCUACAAAUGUGAAGAAUGUGGUGAAGCUUUUAAUCGACCCUCAAAUCUUACUACACAUAAGAUAAUUCAUACUGGAGAGAAACCUUACAAGUGUGAAGAAUGUGGCAAAACAUUUAUCUGGUCCUCAACCCUUACUGAACAUAAGAGAAUUCAUACUAGAAAGAAACCCUACAACUGUGAAGAAUGUGGCAAAGCAUUUAUAUGGUCCUCAACCCUAACUAGACAUAAGAGGAUGCACACUGGAGAGAAACCCUACAAAUGUGAAGAAUGUGGCAAAGCUUUUAGCCAAUCCUCAACCCUUACUACACAUAAGAUAAUUCAUACAGGAGAGAAACGCUACAAAUGUUUAGAAUGUGGCAAAGCUUUUAAGCAACUCUCAACUCUUACUACACAUAAAAUAAUUCAUGUUGGAGAGAAACUCUACAAAUGUGAAGAAUGUGGCAAAGGUUUUAAUCGAUCUUCAAAUCUUACUACACAUAAGAUAAUUCAUACUGGAGAGAAACCUUACAAGUGUGAAGAAUGUGGCAAAGCUUUUAUCUGGUCCUCAACCCUUACUAAACAUAAGAGAAUUCAUACUAGGGAGAAACCCUACAAAUGUGAAGAAUGUGGCAAGACAUUUAUAUGGUCCUCAACCCUAACUAGACAUAAGAGGAUGCACACUGGAGAGAAACCCUACAAAUGUGAAGAAUGUGGCAAAGCUUUUAGCCAAUCCUCAACCCUUACUACGCAUAAGAUAAUUCAUACUGGAGAGAAACCCUACAAAUGUGAAGAAUGUGGCAAAGCCUUUAACUGGUUCUCGACUCUUACUAAACAUAAGAUAAUUCAUACUGAAGAGAAACCCUACCAAUGUGAGAAAUGUGGCAAAGCCUUUAAGCAGUCUUCAAUCCUUACUAACCAUAAGAGAAUUCAUACUGGAGAGAAACCCUACAAAUGUGAAGAAUGUGGCAAAUCUUUUAGCCGGUCUUCAACUUUUACUAAACAUAAGGUAAUUCAUACUGGAGUAAAACCCUACAAAUGUGAAGAAUGUGGCAAAGCCUUUUUCUGGUCCUCAACUCUAACUAAACAUAAGAGAAUUCAUACUGAAGAGCAACCCUAUAAAUGGGGAAAAUGUGGCAAAGCUGUUAACCAGCCCUACCUCACCACAGAUAGGAUAACUCAUUGGAGAGAAAUAUUACAAGUAUGAAUAAUGUGCCAAAGUCUAUAAAAGUCCUCAAUUCUUAGUAGAUAUAAGAUUAUUCAUACCGGAGAGAAACUACAAACCUGAGAGAGGUGCUGAUGCUUUUGACAAUACCUCAAACUUUAAAGAAAAUCAUUCUGCUGAAAAAUCCUAGAAAUGUGAAGAAUGUGACAAAGCCUUUAAAUGAUAUUCACACUUGAUUGUAGGUAAGAUAAUUCAUACUGGAGAACUACCAGUGUGAACAAUGUGGCCAGGCUUCGAACCAAUGCUCACACCUUAUUGCACAGGAAAGCAUUUAUACUUGAGAAGAAAUGUACAAAUAUAGGCAAAGUAAAAAAGCCAUUAAUGCCUGCCCACAUCUUACUCAAAAUCAUAGAGUUCACACUAAAUAAAAGCAUUAAAAUCUACUCUCAGAAGAUCAGAAAAUAUGUUUUUAAAGUAUAGAAGAGUAUUUAUUUUGAGAAAGCAUUACAAAUAUGAAGAGGAUUGUAAUAUCUUUACUUGCAUCACAGAUCGUAUUGUACACAUUUUGUACUAGAGAAAAACCCUCAGGCAGUUGUUAAAAUUGUGUUGAACAUCAGGGAGUUUAUAUUGAAGAAAACCCUGCAAGUGUAAUGAAUUUGGAAAAACAUUUUUUCAAAAACUACAAAUUAUAAACCACUGAGGUGUUCAUCUAAAAUAUAGUUUUGUAGAUGUAUUAAAUAUGAAAGAUACUCAAUCCAAAAUUAAGUCUAUAUAUCAGGGAACAAUUCACAGUAGAAAUAUCUAGGGUGCUCAAACAUUAGACAUUACACUAAAUCUGAGUGCUGAGUGUAGAAAAUAAUACAAACUAAAAUUUGUGUAAACAUUAUUUGUAUAUAACUUUACAAAGUACUUUUAAAAAAAUACAGAUUUUUUAAAAAGUGAAAAAUGUGUUGAACUGUUAAAUUACUUCAUGCUGUUUCAUCAUUCCUAGUGUAUUCACAUGUGAAAGCAUGUGACUAAUUGUUGCUGCAUAAAAUAGAUGAGAUUCUUUUUUAUUAGGCAUUAUUUAUGAUCUUUUCUAUGAAAAGAUAAGGACAUUAAAAUGUAAGAUGCAUGAUGAAAAUUUAAGUAGAGAGGCUCUUUGUGGUUAACUUAUAAUAUUGAGUGAUGCAUGAGGUAGGUGUUCAUUAUGAAUGAAAAACAUUCUUAAUUUUAGUUAAAAUUAAGUUAUAUGUUAUUUUAUUAAUUGUACUUCUAUGGAAUAAUAUGCAGUAUAUUUUUAAAUUAUAAAUUAUGUGUGAACUUAGCUUUUCAAUUCAACAUUUUUAACAUGUUAAAUACUAUUGUGAAUUCAAUGAAGUGUUCUUAUGCCACUAACAUUAACCUAUUCCACCUUACUCAAGGAUGUAGGUAAAAGAUGAUAACAAUACACUGUUUUGUAAGAUAAUGGACUGUCAUCUCUAGCAAUCUUUUUUGCCAGUGACUUUAAAUUGCCAAUAAGUUAAAGAAUAUUGUUCCUAUAGGUUAAAUUUUUAUUCUUAUUUUCAGAUUUAAAUUUAUUUUUCUUAAUUUUUGUGGAUACAUAUGUGUAUAUAUGUAUGCCAUUUAUGGUAUAUUUUGAUGCAGGUAUACUCUAUAUAAUAAUCACAUUAGAGGAAAUGAGAUAUCCAUUACCUCUAGCAUUUAUUCUUUUUACUACAAGGAAUUCAAUUCUACUGUUUUAGUUAUUUUUAAAUUUACAAUUGUUAUUGACUACAGGGUAAUUUUUAUGGUCAUAAUAAAAAAUUAUAUACAAACAUGUAAAAUCCAUACAUUUCUGAGUUCUGAAUAAAUAUUUUUAAAAAUUUUAAUAUGUUUUUCUUUGAACAUGUGGCCUCUGCCCGCAAGCACAUAUGGACUCUUAGAAUUGAUUUACAUAAAAUUAAAUAUAUAUAUAUCUGUUAAAGAUAAACCUUAGGUGUAAAUAAA